AAAGUGUAUAGGAAACUGAACAGAUGUAAAAGCAUGCCUUGCUUUCAGAGUUGUUCAGAUCCAUUUCGAUUGCUCAAAUACGACAUCACCUCUGCAUGUAAAUUUACUGGGGGCAGUUGUCCACUUCUGGUUCAAAGGCACAAUGUCAUUCCGGGAAUAUUUUUGAUGUAUGUUCGUGGAAAAUUAGUAUUUGCCAACUUUAUUUUCAAUGGUUAUAGCACAUCUGCUAAAGACCUUCAAAAGCAAAUUGUGAAGACAAAGAGUGAUUAUCAUACGGGAUAUUUCCUACCCAAUGACUUCAGGAUCCGGUAGAGUGAUACACAUUCUCUACCUUAUCUUGUACUUUUCAUUAGUAAAUCCCAGAAAAGGGCCACAUGUCAAGAAUUGCCUUUAUGAAUGUUUGUUCCUUGCUUCAAAUCUCUUCUGGAAAGAGGUAGUUUAUCUAUUUCAAAAUUCUGUUCAAGUCCAUUUGGAGGCAUCACUGAGCUUGCCAAUAAGACACCAUGAGCAAAGCUUACCUUCAAGGGUUGAAAAAAUUUAUGGACAAGAAAUUAUCACUGAAAUUGAAUGGUAGUGCAUAGGUCCCAGGAAUACUGUGGGGAUUCAGUCCCUUUAUGAAUCUUGUGAUAGAUGAAUGUAAGGAGACAGUAAGCAGUGGGCAACAGAACGAUAUUGGAAUGGUGGGAAUAUGAGGAAAAUAAACAAUGGGCAUGUUCACUGGAAGAUAUCAUCUGCUUCCACAUGUCCCCUCUACGCAGCACCUGUUUUUCUACUAUAUAAAAACCAGGUCAUGGCCAUUUUUAUAUUGAACUUUUUUGUUAAAUACAUUUUUGUAGUAGUAAAACAAACAAGUAAGUAAAAGUUCAGUUCAAGGAAGGCCACUUUUUCUUUAACCAGCAUAUAAGGUUCAAACCAAUCAUUCGUUCAAUUAUGUAGAAAAAAUUAUGAUCCACUAGAUCAUUUUAACGUUCUUCUUAAUUCAGUAUGUCUUUUCUGUCAGGGAGGUCAUACAAGUCAACAAAUACAACAUGAUUAGACUGUAUCCAAUGGCUGACAAUCACUGAGAAGGGUGAAAAUGGAGCUUUUAAAACUCAUCUCCUGUUUUCACUCUCAUAAAUUAUCAUGUGAGCCACUUUAAUGACCAAACUAACUUAGACCAAUGAACCCAUGGCUUUCCUAGAAAAUUGCCAUCGUUUGUCAGUAUAUUUACAAAUUCUG